CAAAACAUCACUUCCGGUAUCCCGUAACGUUGCAAAACAUACAUUUCCUUACUUACAGAGAACGACCUUAGAGGGUUGAUCGUAUCACGUAUUUGGGAUCGCAGCCAUACUGUAAAAUGCUGUUGUCAGAGGUCUUGCAGGUCCUACGAGGGGCAAAUAAAGUGGGAUGUGCCCUGAUCAACACCCAGGGAGAACAGCUCAGGUUCAUGGCCUGCAACUCUUCACUGGGAGCAGGUGUAAAAGUUGCUCAGGAAAUGGUGGAAGACCUGGUGGGAAAGUUCAUGGGUGGCAGCAACACGCAACAGUCAGUCAAAGAGGAUGUCUUUCCUGACAUGGAGGGCUGGGAAAAUGUGGAUCCUGAUGAAGCUGCGAAAUGGGCUGUGCGUUCAGAAUUUCCUCCUGAUGCUAAUGACCAAACACAGACUGACAGUAGUGCUCCAGGAGUGCAUCGAGACCCACGGACAGAUUCAGCAGGUCCAGGUUCAGCAGGUCCAGGUUGGCAAGGCCAAAACACACGCUUCCUCCACACGACUCUUUCCUUGCAUCAUAGAUUCUACCACCAGACCAGAUAUGUCCAUGAUACAGUAGUGACCAGACUCACACCGGAAGAUAUCAAGAAGGCCAGGGAGGCCAAGCAGGGCUUGGUUAAACCUGUUCGACAGAGGCUUAAUGAACGGGCCAAAGAGAGGAAGGUGCCUGCAACGAGAAUUAGCAGACUGGUCAAUUUUGGAGGACUGGCGGUCGGUCUGGGAAUUGGUGCCAUUGCAGAAGUAGCAAAACAGUCACUGGGAGGCAAACAAAAAGAUAUGAAUGCCUUGCUAGACUCCCCACUUCUGUCAGAAGCCAAUGCAGAGAGAAUUGUCAACACACUCUGUAAAGUACGUGGAGCUGCACUUAAGAUAGGACAGAUGCUAAGCAUACAAGACAACUCCUUUAUCAACCCCCAGCUUCAAAAGAUCUUUGAGAGAGUCCGACAGAGUGCAGACUUCAUGCCAAUCUGGCAAAUGAAUAAUGUUUUAGAGAAAGAGCUCGGUCCAGGUUGGAGAGAAAAGCUGUCAUCCUUUGAGGACAAACCCUUUGCUGCUGCUUCCAUUGGUCAGGUGCAUCAUGGAGUUUUAAAAGAUGGCAGAGAAAUUGCAAUGAAGAUCCAGUACCCCGGAGUGGCAGAGAGUAUCCAUAGUGACAUUAACAACCUUAUGUCAGUUCUUAAAUUGAGCGUCGUACUACCUGAAGGGCUCUUCGCAGACAGCAGCUUGGAGGUUCUUCAGCGAGAACUGGCAUGGGAGUGUGACUAUGAGAGGGAAGCUGAGUGUGCCAAGAAAUUCAGAUCACUGCUGGAGGGAGACAAUUUUUUCCAGAUUCCUGAGGUGAUCGAUGAACUGUCUACACGAAGAGUGCUGGCAAUGGAGCUGGUGCAGGGGGUUCCGUUAGACUGCUGCGUGGACUUGGACCAGGAGACCAGAAACCAGAUCUGCUUCAACAUCCUCCAGUUGUGUCUCAGGGAGCUUUUUGAGUUCAGGUUCAUGCAGACAGACCCCAAUUGGGCCAACUUCUUUUACAAUUCAGAAACAAACAAGGUGGUUCUGUUGGAUUUUGGAGCAUGCAGAGAUUACCAAGAAUCAUUUACAAAUGACUACAUUGAGGUAGUGCACGCAGCUUCUGUAGGUGAUCGAGAUACUGUUCUCUCCAAAUCCAAAGACCUGAAGUUCCUCACAGGUUUCGAGACCAAGGCUUUCACAGACGCUCAUGUGGAGGCAGUGAUGAUUCUUGGUGAGGCUUUUGCAUCCUCUGAGCCCUUUGACUUUGGCACCCAAAGCACUACGCAACGCAUCCAGAGCCUCGUCCCUGUCAUGUUGCGACACCGCCUGACUCCUCCACCAGAAGAGACUUACUCUCUCCACCGCAAGAUGGCCGGCUCCUUCCUCAUCUGUUCCAAACUGAAAGCACGCAUACCGUGCAAGGACAUGUUUCUGGAUGUGUACAACGCCUACAACAUGAGGAGGCAAGCUCAGAAGGCAGCACAGGCAAACGCUUAGUCAACCUCCGGGAAAUUUGCAGUCAUGAAGGCUGGAGAAUAACAUUCUCUCUGAACAUGUGUUGUGCAUUUAUAAGUACUGUGUAUAUUUUAACCUCUCGUCUCAGUUUGGCUACUGACUGGUUGGUGUAUGGGUAUGAUAUUGAUUUUACUCCCAAGGUUCCACUAAGCUCUCAGGCUGUACUUUCAUGUUCUAAACAAUUAAAUGAACAUUAAAAUUACAACAUAAUAUUUGUUUGGCAGCCUAGUGGAACCUUUGGUCGACACAAAUCUCAGAUUAUUUGUGUGGAGUUACAUGUUCUCCUGUUGCUUGUGUGGGAUUUUUGUUUUCCUCUCACAUUGCAAAAGCAUCUAUGGUAGAUCAAAUAGACUCUAAAUUGCUCACAGUUGUGAACAUGAAUAGGGUGUACUUUGCCACUUGCCUAAAGUUGGCUAAAAUAGGCUCUGUGAUCUGACUGGGACAAGAGGCAGAAAAUAUGUGGCUGGAGGAAUAACGGUUUUGUAGGCUGUGGAACCUGAGAAAGUUUCGCUUGCUUGUGCGACUGUGUUAAUUGGAAAUCGAUAAUCAUUUUGGAAUUAUCUAUUUGUUGAUCCGUUUAAAUUGGCUUGCUUGCCGUUGGCAAACCUAAAUGUGGAGUCCCCAGGCCAUCUUUUUUUUGUUUGUUUUAAGAGAAGAACAAACAUUUGCCCUGUUGCACAGCUUUCACUAGCAUGCAUAUAUUGUGGAAUAACACUGUAUUCCAAAGAUGUGUCUUGCAUAGCUGCGUUUACCAUAUAUUACCCGGUGGCCCCGGCAGUUGUUUGUUCAAAAUAUACAGUAGAGUGUCAUGAAAAAAAAUGCUUCUUCAUAUUUCUUACACUAUUUAAAAUGGGCUGAUGUGUCCCAGAGGCAUGUGUUAAGCAUGGUAGGAGGGAGAUAAUACAAAGAAUGAGUUAAGUAUGAUUUAAAAAAUUUAACUCUUGCAGGAAAAACAUGCCAAAAUUAAAAUAUUUACAAACACACUGUACUUUUUUACUCCACAUAUUGCCUCAUGUGGCUGUAAUUCUGCAGAGUGGGUCGUCCCGUGAUCAAGGGGUCUAAAUCCCAGUUCCGAAAGUCUGCUGUUUGUAUGUUUUACAGUGGAAACUCAGUUGCCUUACUUGGUUAAUGGUUUGGUUUAUGCCUACACCCUGUCUCUCACACACAUAUUCAGGUAUGCCAUGGUGGACAUUUUAGAUGAGUUGUUGGUGGCUAUUGUAUUUCUAUUUGCAAGGGUCCUUCCCUGACCACACAAAUCAAGGCAAAAAUGCCUACAAGUGACACAACGUGACAAAACUCGAAAGAAGGGAAACAUUUAGUAUACAGUACUUCCCAUUCCUCUACAAACCUCAAAGUUGUUUUACACCAUUUUAAGUACUGAUACGUUUACAGGACACCUGGCAUUUCUGGGGUGGUGGGGUGGGUUGAGAGGGGUUAGUUUAAAAAUAUGGCUUGGCUUGAUGUAUACUCUAUGUAAUCUUGACCUCUUACAUACAGCCAUCCUUCUCUGUCCACAGCGGGCUGAAAUUAGUCUGCCGUCACUGCGUGGAAUAUAGCGUGAAUGCAGCAUAAUCUACAAGGCCUCAUGUUAUUUUUAAUGAACUGUGAAAUAAAGAUUUUAAUGUCUGUAAAAGCUUUAUUGUUUGGGAAAAUUUGGAAAUUAAGCUUUGUUAUAUCAAUGCUCACUCAGUGUGUGACAAAUAAUCUUUGGAAGCUGUUUUUGACCACCAUGCUCCGCUGAUAAUGGUAUAGAUUUGGAGAUGUUUAGAAUCAUCUUGGCUAAUGUAUUGGACAAUUUAGCCAAUGCCAGCAACAAAGACGCAAUCUCAG